AUGCCAAAGGAGAUCCUCUACGUCCAGGCGGGAACGUUCGCGAAUUUCGUCGGCACUCACUUCUGGAACGCACAAGAGGGCUACUUCACUUACUCCGAUGACGAGGAGCCGGCCGUACACCACGAUAGGUCCUUCAGGGAAGGCUUGAAUAACAAGGGAGAAUCCACUUAUUGUCCUAGGCUACUGCUCUUCGAUCGCAAGUCGCAGUUCGGGGCACUUUCCGAUGAGCUCUAUCGUAGCAACGACAGUUCAACCGCGGGUCAAUGGGAAGGAGGCGUCAUAGAGUAUCGCCAAGAGCCGAUACCUAAAAGCCAAUAUCAGACUCGCUUGGACCAAGGCGAACCAGAAGAUGAUGCACAGGUCAAUGAGGAUUUAGCACCAGAUUCGCACCAAAUUCGCUUCUGGUCCGAUUAUAGUCGUGUUUUUCUCCAUCCGCGCACGCUUCAGAGGCUUCCUGACCUCGCUGACUGGGAAGCUGCCGAUGGAGAGUGGAUCAAGAGCAGAGAAUCAUUCCAGCAAUAUGAUAUUGACCACGACUUGAUGGAAAAUGAGAUGAGAAACUUUGUUGAAGAAUGCGACGGUCUCCAGGGUCUACAACUGUUCAGCGAUUGCAAUGCCUUCGGUGGCUUCACGGACGCUUUCCUCACGGCGUUCCUCGACGAGUUCCCCAAGCUCACAUCUCUAGCGUUCUCGUUCCUAUCUGAUGCAUCAUCCAACGCGACGGUCACUGCGGAAGAGCCAGAAGCAACGAAGGCACUCAAUGACGCGCUCUCUCUGCGUAGCCUGUACAGCUUGUCGACUCUGAAUGUUCCCAUCCAGCAUCCCUCAGCGUGGGAGAGGGGAGAUUGGCUCGACGAUCUGCGUCUGGAGAUGCGGAGCCCGUACCAUACCUCGGCCCUACUCUCCACCCACAUCGAGAGCGCUACUCUGCCUUUUAGGUUGAAGGCAUCCGAACACGACAUGUCGUCCAUCAGCGGACUGCUGAACAUGUCUGGGACAACAGGAACCGCCCACAUCGCAGGCACGUACCCGCUUUCGGCGGCGGCGUCGGACGCGCAAAAGAAGGUAUACGACUUCUCUGCCGUCACCGAGUUCCGCGGGAAAAGUCGUUCGCAGAAGCUUGCGACGGAAUACGGACGAGCGCAAGUCCUACGCGGAGACUUCUCGUCCACCGAAUGGCUGAAAGUCAACGGGAUGUUCCCCUCGAACACUCCGACAUCAAUCAGUUUUCGUGCGCCUGCGUACCCCACGCCGACGUCCUUCCCGCGUAUCGUCAAGGAGGCCUCAAUGCUCAGCAGCAGCAGCAACAGAAGCAGUCAAAAUGGCGUUUCAGAUAUCUAUCACAACGUCUUCUCCGCGCUCACGACGUCGAGCGCGACAUCGCGAUUGUUCGCGUCGCAUGCACGUCUUGCACAGGAGUGCGUGGACAAGCGGGCGGAGGUCGUCACGCGGAUGGGGCUGGAGUUCGACGAGAUCCGCGACCUCAAAGACGACCUGUGGGCGCUUUGCGACCAGUACGCGGAUGACGGCGGAGAAGGGAGGGAAGACGCGGACGAGGAAAUAGGCGAGGACGAGGAGUAAAGUAGGGUUCUCAUUCGUUGAAUUGUGAUGCAUGAGAGGAACACACUCGACGCUCGAAGAUCACGGCUCAAACAUUCAUAACUAUUUGUAGUAACAGGAAAUCCUAUGUACAUG